AUGUCGUUCACAGAAACUCCCCUCUACGGCGGCGCCAUCACCGUCGACCUGCCAUCCAAUUUUGCCGACACAAGGUUCGUUCUCAGAUUUCCUUUAGCCUCAUUCCAAGUCCCCUCCACAUCCCGCACAUCAGCAACACGCCAGCUAAUAUGGCAACAACACAGCCAGAUCCGGGAAGUGCCGGACCAUCAGGAGGUUUACCUAGACACAAACGGCUACUCAUCCAUCGUUUUCGAGAUACUUGAGUAUCAGGAAAAGGGCAGCGACGAAGCGGCGCUGCAGUACCAUUUUGCCGACCUCAUCGAUGAGGAAGACAGCACGAAUGUACUUGAGCAGGGGCAUGCCGCGAUGGCGAAGCUAAACAACAAGCCAGUCUACACACUCCGCUUCAUACAAACACCACCGCCCAACGCGAAUCCCAAUCGCAAGGUGCCUGAGUUCGUGUACAUCCAUCUCAUGCUGCUGCGUCUGAAAGAGCAGGGCACAGACCUUAUGAUAUCUGUCAACAUCCCGCACUACCCUGGCGAGUAUGAGAAGCCCAAGGAGGGCGAGGGUGAAGUUACGCAGUUGAUGAAGGAUAGCGAGAAGAUCAAGGAUAGGAUAUUGGAGAGCUUCGAGAUCAAAGAGUGGGGUCUAUUUGAGGGUUGA